CCAACGAUAUGUGCUCGAUAUCUGCCGAUGUAUCCAAUAAAGUAAUGAUACUUAAAAAUCAAGAUGUGUGCAUGUUGGUCACCAUUCUUCACAGUUCGUGAUCUGCGUGGAAAAAUGUAUUCAAAUUAUGAAUACCUCGAUGAAGAGUUUUUGGAGGAAAGUGUUUUAAAGUCACCACCUCGGAAAACCCAAAUGCCAUUAAAAACCUCAAAAAUUUCAACAUCCUCCGAUAGAUACAGGUUAAAUUUUGGAGGAAUCCUCAACUCGGUUUCCAGCGUUAUCGAGUCAGAUGUUGAAAGCGACGACCAUGCGCAUCAGAAUGUAGAUAAUACGACGAAAUGGGAUAAUAUAAUUUCACCUGGAACAUCAUGUUCAAUAGCCAAUUCAAGUCGGCCGAUCAAAGCUUCCAGCUUCUUCGGGCCAGAUACGAAGGAAGACGACGAUACGCAUCAAAAUGCAAACAUUGCUAAGAAAUCAGAUAAUAUUAUUUCACAUGGAAAAUUAUGUUCAAUAGACAGCUCAAACGUGUCUUCUCAAGGCAAGUUUUGGCAAGUUAAAAUUUGUUAGCCAAUGAAAUUGAAACCAUUCUUUCGUUCUUAUUUCAGAUAUAUUGGAUGCGCUUGCAAGGAUUGAAUCCAAAAUAGAUU